CUCGAAACAACAUAUUCCCAGGCAACCGCAAUCAUGGUGCUCGCAAAGUCCAAGAAGAGCGUCGGGCUGGGCAACAGCCUGAUGAACGAUCGGUUCAGCAAGGGCAAGGGCGCUGACAUGCGGAGGGGCAACUUUAACCAGGGAAUCGAGCGGACAGGCCAAAAUGGCGAAAAGUACAUCACCAACGAGAAGAAGGAGGCAGCAUGGGUAAAGAUGCGCUCCGUCACCGAACAAGGCGCUCUUGACGACUUCCUUUCGACCGCGGAAUUGGCUGGUACCGACUUCACGGCCGAGAAGAUGAACAACGUCAAGAUCAUACACAAGGACCAGAAGAACCCAUACCUCCUCUCAGCCGCCGAGGAGCAAAGCGUCACUCGCAAACACAAGGAAAACAGGAACAGGCUGACUGUGCCGAGGCGACCAAAAUGGGAUGCGCAGACGACACCGCAGGAGCUGGACGAGAGGGAGAGAGCGUCGCUGCUGCAGUGGCGAAGAGGCUUGGCGGAACUGCAAGAGAACAACGACCUGCUCAUGACGCCUUUUGAGCGCAACCUCGAGGUCUGGAGGCAGUUGUGGCGUGUGAUUGAGCGAUCCGACCUGGUAGUGCAGAUCGUGGAUGCCCGAAACCCGCUCAUGUUCCGAUCCGAGGAUUUGGAGGAUUAUGUCAAGGAGGUGGACCCUAAGAAGAACAAUCUGCUGCUCGUCAACAAGGCGGAUAUGAUGACCCUGGAGCAGCGGACAGCCUGGGCCAACUACUUUACCGAGGCUGGUAUCAACUUCAAAUUCUUCUCGGCUGAGCUGGCCAAGGAGAUGAACGAGGCGCGUGAGUUGGCAGAGGGAAGCGACGAAUCAGGAGAUUCAGACUACCUGGACGAGGAGGAUGUUGAGGAGGAAAUCGACCCUGAAGAUGACGAGCUUGCAAAGGAGGCCAAGAAGAUUGACCUGCAGGAUAAGCAAGAAGAGAAGGAAGAGUGGGUGGACGAAGAGACUGUCGACGUUCCCGGCCAGAGCAGGGCUGAAGCAGAUGGCGAUGAGCGGACACGGAUACUUACCACGGACGACCUCGAAGCGCUGUUUCUGCAGCAUGCACCAGAUAUUGACACUGGACCAAACGGCGAGCCUCGCAAGACGUCGAUUGGUCUUGUUGGUUACCCCAACGUCGGAAAGUCGUCUACAAUCAACGCCUUGAUCGGCGCGAAGAAGGUGUCUGUGUCUGCAACCCCCGGUAAAACGAAGCACUUCCAGACUAUCCACCUCAGCGACAAGGUUGUCCUUUGCGAUUGCCCUGGUCUUGUGUUCCCCAAUUUUGCCACCACAAAGGCCGAGCUCGUAUGCGCAGGUGUCCUACCAAUCGACCAACUGCGAGAAUACACUGGCCCUGCAGGUCUCAUCGCCAGGCGGAUUCCAAAGUCCUUCCUUGAAGCCCUGUAUGGUAUGAAGAUUCAUCCCCGCCCUCUUGAAGAAGGCGGCACUGGAAUCCCCACUUCUGAAGAGGUCCUGCGCGCCUUUGCCAUUGCCCGAGGCUUCUCCACCCAGGGUCUCGGCCAACCCGACGAAUCGCGAGCCGCGCGCUACAUCCUCAAGGACUACGUCAAGGGCAAAAUCCUCUUCUGCCACCCCCCGCCCACAGAUCCUCCAACUGACGAAAAGUACUUUAACCGCGAACUCUACGACGCAAACCACCUCCCGGCCAAGCGUCGACACCACCCUCUCGCAAACGCCGGCGGCAGCUCCUCCCUCGCAGGCACAUUUCAAGAGGAUCCUUCGCUCAUGGACGACGAUUUCGACGGCGGCGUCCCUAUCGAGGGCGAAAAGACACAGCGCAUGGACAAGCGGUUCUUCGGCCCCGGCCAGGGAAUGGCCAAAGUCACCCAGCCAUUCCACUACAAGUACAGCGAGCAGGGCAAAGAGCUAAGCGGGCGCAAAGCAAAAAUGAUGGCUGCCCUCGAACAAGACGUGGAUCCUGCCGACCUGAAGAUGAACAGCAAGAAGCAUUUCAAAGCUAACAAGCGGAGGGCGAAGAAGGUGCGAUCCGAGUAUGUGGAUUAAGCCUCGUUCACGCUACAUGGUUGCAUGGCUGGCGUUUGGCGGGCAGUGC